CACGAAUUCGUAUUAAGGCAAAAUGUUAUUAUAAUGGCCUCUUCCGAAAAUUGGUAUAAUCGUAGAAAAGGUAAACAAAGUGGAGACCUGUUCAAGUUGGAUACCAAGAAUAAAACGCCUGGACAGAAUAUUGUUGAUAUUUUACAAGGCUUGUAUUUGAAGAAGCACCAUGAGACCUCGCCUACAAGUAAGAGUGUGCCUACGGACAUCAGGCCUGUGCUCAGGGGUAUGCAAAGGAAUGGGUCUGACAGCCGCAGAUUGUCCUACUUAAAUGCCUUAGUCACACUACUAUGUAAAGAAGACAGAAGUGUUUUGGGUUUUGGUGCUGACGAGUUGAUGACAUGCAUCCGAAUAAGCCUUGUAGAUGAUUCUAUGGUCAUUAGGGCGGCUGCCCUGAGAGUGCUACGCUAUUUGAUAAAAAUAGAGAGUGAUGUUGCAACAUUCAACACAUUAAAAUUGCCAUAUCUGGUCAUGAGAUCCAUGGACUUAAUGCUCCGCAAUGAGGAGGAACGAGCUCAAGCAUUACGUGUAGUACGACGUGUGAUCGGCGUAGUAGGAGCGGGCCAAUCGAGGAGGCAUCGCGCCGCAUACAUCGACCAUGGCCUGCUGCGGUGCCUCGUUGCUGUAGCGCGCGCCGGUAGCGCUGGCGACGGCACUGGUGACCGAUUGGCUAGACCUGCUAUUGCUACGCUUGCUGAAAUAUGCGUCCUAAGCCCAGAACUGUUUAUCGCGAGUGGCGGCGUGGCGGCAGUGACGCGUCAGCUGGCGGAGUGCGCUACACCACGCAUGGCCGAAGCACUGUGCGGCGUAUUACUGCACGCGCUGAACGCGCCAACUGCACGGCGAGCCGCUCGCAUCGACCUCUCCUGUUUAGCUGCGCCGUAUUGCGAUUUCCAUGUACGACCCGCCGGCACAGAUGCUCACAGGGAUGAAAGAGAGAUGCGGUUCACAUGCAGCCGCUUAGCUCUUCUGUGUGUGUUACGGAGCUGGCCGGGUCUUCUGCAUUUCUGCCACCCUUACAGCUCUGGUGGUCUACGGGCACUAGUGGCGGCUCUUUACUUACCUCGGUUAGAGGUCCGAAAAGCGAUAUUGGAUUUAUUGUAUGAACUAGUGGGUUUGCCACAACCAGAAUGGACGGAUGAGAUCUCUGUGGCUUUGGAUGCUGUUGAUCCUUCCGAUUUUCAAGACUCAUGGCGCUUGAACGAAGGGUUCAUCGCAGCAGAAGGCUCCGCCAUAUUACCUCAUCUUAGCGCGACUGGACCAGAUAUAACGGAGAUUCAUCUUGCGCUUUUACUUCAGUGUUUUCUAGAGGCUGGACUUUUAGAUGGACUGGCUGAAGUGAUAGUCACGAGUGACACCUUUAUAUCGGUCCGGGCGACUGUAUUAUUAGGGCAACUAUUGCAUUUAAUACACCUAUUUCUACCUCCUCAAAUCUGUAGUAUAACGCCGGCGCUACCCUCCUUAAUGGCGCAGGCGGCGGCGGGAAUGCCGCAAGCCUUGGCUGCUGUGGCAGCUCUUCGCCGUCUCCACUCUAUACUAGAAGCGCGCCCAGCCACUAGCAGCUUGUUCCUAGACCACAUAAUUCAGUAUUGCAGCGGCGCAUUUAAAGAGAAAGAAGAAGAUACCACGAAAAGCCGGAAAGAGAAAGACAACGCCACCAUGGCUAAACCGAAACCCGACGCGUCAUUGCGCAAGGAAAACAGCAUAGAGUUCCUAAACGACUCCGACAACGAGAACGAACCAAAGCAAAGGCACAGUGUCGGUUCACGUGCGGACGUCCCCAAUAGAAAUAUUAGUGCAUUGGUUAAAAGCAAAAGUGUGAGUUCACGGACUAGUGCAGCAGUGAGCAAAGUGACUAAAUCGGCAAAGUUUCUAAAUUUGUUCGAUCGAGAUAGCGAUAGUUUGAUUAGGUGUACAUUGGUGAUCCAAAAUAAAGACGGUAACACAUGGAAUUGGGAAAUAAUUAGAACUAUUUUGAAGGAGCAUGACGGCGGUCCUAUGUUGAAUCUUAACGAAAGUGGGCACAGGACAUGGGUGGCACGUAUUAUAAACUACCUUAAGCCAUCUUCGAAUAAAUACUCCCAUACUGAUUCGACCACAUGUCACGGACACUGUGCAACUCGCGCUGGAUGUCAGCUUAUUAGGCAUUUACUGCGGUAUAAUGACCUGGAUUCCCAAAGAAUGCUUGAAGAGUUGUACUACGAUGUAAGUCGGCAAAUCGAAGCCAUAGAAACAGGCCGUAAGGCACACGAAUGUCUCUUCAGUCCACAGCACAUGUGUAAUACCAUGUGUCAGAUGUACUUCCUGUUCAUUGGGCAGCUUUGUCAUACGCAGACUGGGCUUAGACUGUUUAAACAGACCAGGCUUUAUGAAAACCUCUUAGAGCUAUCAACGAAAACGCACCACAGUUGUUAUGUGAAGUUAGUAAUUUCGAGUCUAGAUUAUACUCUGGAUUCGUACCCGCGAGAUAUUCUUGCCAAAACAUUAACUUGCAACAUUCAAGCGUCAAGACUGUACGCUACUCAGUUUCUUAACGUGUUACUUCGCGCCUCAAGGAAGUCGCGCGAGCUAGUGCGUCGAAAGUCGAAAUUAAAGAAGAAUUUCGUCCAAGAACAUUUCCGGUCGCAUAAAGAUGAAAUGGACGGGUCAAGCGGUGUAGAUAUGGACACGUGGAUAUUUCAAAUGUUGGUCGGACAAGUCAAGGAUGAGUCUAAAGCUGUUGUGAAAUGUGCUCUUUCUAUAUUAGAAGAAGCUUACAGCGUGCCAGCGUACGUGGAAAAAUUAUUACCCCUGAAGGACACCCUCGGUCUAAACUGUCGCCUAGAUAAAUCUUCGGAUCCGACUUCCCUGGACCUGUCGGCGGUCGGCGAUCGCGGUUAUUUACUAUGGUUAUGCCUGGAAGUCGCGGCUGCAGCGCAGACGUCCGAUUCCAAAUCAUCUGCUUUCCUCAAGAAACAUCUUGAUUUUUGGACUAAAAGUUACAACUACAGAUACGUGCGUCUAAUAGAAGCAGCUGUCCACGAAGCGUUAACCCUUUGCGAAGGAGGUCGUCCGGGUGCCCGAACGCGGCGGGCGGCGCGAGUUCCGCCGAACUUACAUGCUGCCUUGGCGGCCUGCCCAGCUGCACCGUUUGCCAGGGCGUUGCUGGCUGCCACGUUGCCAACGCACUACAAGAUCCUGCAGCGAAAAAAGUGCACGAGCGAACAGGAAAUAAUGGACCUAAAGGCGUCUCUAUGGGCUCUUGGUAACACAGCUGUUACCCCUCAUGGACUGCAGCAAAUCAUGCAUUUGACUAACGGAUACUUGGAGGAUUCAGUACCGGUGCAUAUAGUGCGACUUGUCAGAUACAGCCCUGUAUAUUCUGUGAGAGCAACCGCUUUCUACGUUCUAGGACUUUUUGGCAGCACAUUUGAUGGCGCUAAUCUGCUGGCUGAUUUAGGUUGGCUCUGCGUGCGACAUACACGACACGAUCAAUUCCCAGUAAUAACAGACGAAACCUACCUUACAUACGACGUUAAUGUCCACAAUUACCCAUCAAACAUCACGUCUCCCGAUCGCCGUUAUAACACCUAUGACGUCGACACGAGCGAGCAUUCCGAUCAUACAGAACAAAGCGUGGCCGAGAGCUUGCAUGAUUAUCCCAAACAACUAAACAAAACCGGGUUAAUUUCUACGGAUGACCAAAAAGACCAGGACGUGGUUGAUCAUAAAAUCAAUGUACCCGAAGGCCGUAGAGAACCGGAGAAAAGGAAAUCGAACACCCUGCCUAUACAAGGUUGUUCUAGUUCACAUGACCGUCCGACGUUAUCUGAAUCAAGAACUGUAGACAUAUUGAGAGAUUGUUCAAACUACGAGCGUCUGCCGCAUAUGAGGGCGGAGAACAGACUGCUGAUUGGUAGAAUGAACUCUUUAGAACAAGCUCACGAAGGGAGAGUCAGAAACACUAGUGAGUCUAGCACGAGUGGCGUAAGCAGCUGCGAUUCUUUCCUAGGGAAAUAUGCUAUUCCUGACAGAGUGAGAGAGCUAACCCUCAGUCCUAUUCCGAGCUCGUCCAGCUUGUACGGCAUGAAGAGCACCAGCAGUUCGCAGCGUCCGAAAAUAUCCGAUUUGCAACGACGGACUUCUACCUCGAGUUUCACAACUCCAGACGUAGCAAGUUCGCCUCCUACGCAAAUGGACAUGACUGGAUAUGCCACAUUAAAAUCAUUGAAUAGGCGACCUCACGUAUCAGAAAGCGCGGCGACAGGCACGAACGAAAUCGACGACCUUUGUUGGUUGAUUACGGGCACCGAUCGACGAUCGAAGCCAUUCUCUUCACUGCGAGAUAGAGCGAAGUCUACUAGAGAGCGCAUGACUAAAUUAAGCUUACUUGACUACGAUUGGAAGCCUCUUUCCCUGGCCGAUGGCCGACAGUCGCCUCAGCCUCCGCCCCGCGCGCCGCGUCGCAUUCCCGCGCCCUCUUUGCCACACCCGCCUGCGUACAUCGGUAUUUGUCUGCCCAGAGACCUUAUAGAAUUAUUCCCGAGAGAGAGCGAUGGGAAGGAGGAAGAUGAGACAACGAAGGAUCAGCCACGAAGGAACCGAGUACCGUCCUUUCUCGUCGACUCUAGUAAUGCCAGUACCGAUAACAAAUCGCGAGCGACGCCUGACAGCCAAAAGUUAGCUUAUCUUAGAAGUGGUGACGUCCUACGUUCUGCAACAAAUUUCGUGGCCAGCACAGCCGGCGCAGGACCCAGUUCAAUAUUGAGCAGAACGGGCACAGCUAGAGAACUCAUGACAAGUCUUACGGAAGUACCUAGUGCUAGUACAGCCUUACCCACUGGUGGAACUAACACCAAACUAGAAACCAGAAGUACCAAUACAGGAGCAACAGGGUUCAAAGUUGUUAAUGAAGAGGAAAUCAACGUAAAUGACCCUAUCGUAGAUACAGCACCAAGUGCCAAGGACACAGAUAAACCAAGUUUCAAUAAAACCGAGGCUAACUUUACGAAUAUAGUUGAUAAGACUGGCAUUAAAAAUGUAAUCGAUAUUGGCGCAAGAGGUGAUGUAGCCGAUGGACCAAGUCACGGCAAAAAUAUAACCACAACCAUAACUGGCUUGGGAGACACUAUGGCCAAUUUAUGUAGCAAUGAUGAAAAACCAGUGAACACAAGUGACAAUGUCAAUGUCACCACUGAAACUAAACCAAAUAUUAAUACUACACCAAGCGACAUAGCAGCCACCUCGAGCACCACUAGUGGAGUGCGAUCAAAUGUUAGUACAGCGGCAAGUGACACUGGUACUAAAUCGAGUACAGCCGCUAGCGAUGCUGGUACUACAUCGAGUAAAGGAGUAGUCGUUAAACCUACGUCUGGAGCAGUCAAUACGAGUGCACCAACUAGUGAAGUGGGCAAUACGAAUACGUUGACGAAUAAAAUCGACCGAUGGCGGCACUCUACUGUCGAUUGUUUAUUAUUGAUCCGGCCACCACCGAGAUCUACACAUGAACUGCGUGAGGCCUUUUUCGCUGGGAUGGAUGCGUCUGUUGAGGCUCGUGGUGCAAGCAGCCCUAUUCCUGAGCGGUCUCCACAAGCGGAAGUAUUACAUCACGUUCAUUUUAUGGCGAAUCCCAUACACUUACGACAGACUCGUUCAUCACUUCUCGCCCUCAAACAACGAUAUCCGGAAGUGUUUCGGAGUCCAUGCGUGUAUUCUGACGUGUGCGCUCUCCUCUCCCGUGACACGUACAUGUUAUGUGCCCGCCGUUUCUUGCAAGAACUCUUCCUGGACACAAGUUUUGAAUGUUUUGCUGCGGAACCUGCAAACGUUAUCGCUCGGCGUGUUCCCCUCCCCUCUCCGACUGCAAGCACGAGUAAAUAGUAUUCAGCUGUGAAAUGGCUAUUUCAUAUGGUAACACCGGCAGUUUUUAUUUCUUUUGCAUUAAGAACACAGCAGGGAAUUUUAACAGACGGCUUUAAAUUCGAAAUUAGAAAUGACAAUUUACUUUGGAAUUUAAAAUCAAAGUGUUUGCUGAAUUUGAAUUUCCUAUUUUAUUCUAACUUGAAUGAACUUUAGAAUUUAACAUAGUUAAUAAUAUACAUGGAUUGCACGUACUAUCGUCGGGGUAGGCAUUUUUUAUUGUUCUUUGUAUUGUACAUUAUUAUUAUUUUUGGUUAACCUCCGGCGUAAAAAAGUUGUUUCUAAUUUGAUACGGCAAGUGAAAAUGCUUAGUAUGUUUUCACAUUUAGAUGUGUCCAUAGAACGGCCAGCUAUCAGCCCUUUUGUAAACUCGUGGUUAGGUACUCAAAAUGUCAAAUUUGAAUUUUGUACUUGUCCUACAAUAUAUAAUUAAUUUUAAUAGAAAAUGUCAAUAUUCAAGUAAAUUAUACAAAUUACCAUAUACAAAAUUGCUACGGUCGAACACUUAAUUUUUAGAUAGCUCGAUGAUGCUAAAUAAAAAAAAUAAUCAUAAAUGAAUUCCUCCGAUAAAGGCGUCAACUUAUGAUUGUUACACUAUAAUUAUGUCGGUUUAAAAAG